CUCGAUGUAUUUUUGCUUCCGAACUGUCAAGUGUCAAAUCAACGAACUGAUUUUUAUGUUCCAACAUCGAUCUUGAGACCUGCAAUUUCCAGGAGAUAUAAUUCUUCUCCUUGUGGAAUAAACUGCGCGUGUGAUGUGCGCGCCGUUGGUACACGAUUUGUUUUGAUUAAAGGAAUGCAAACACCUCUAUCCCGUGCAUCUUCAGUAUCGCCUCGUGUUUAGCUCGUCUUCCUUUAUUAUCAUCACUGCGAAUACCAUAUACCAGCCAAAUAUGUCAGACGUACCACCAGAACCCAUACCUCCUGUCGGUUAUUUAAGUAGGAAGGCCCUACCAAUCAAACGCAACGACGCGGAAAUUCUCACUAGGGAAGACGUUCAAUAUGAUUUUCUACACUAUAUCUUUAUGGACGAGACCGCUGCUUUCACGCCCCAAACCGCUGCUUCUGCUUCCAAAAUCACCUUCCGCGAACUCUACGUGAAUGCCUUAUACCACUCGAACAAAUGCUCCAAGGUCUUGAAGGACAAGAUGCUCGAGACGCCCGAAUUUGGUGUUGAACUAGCCAAAAUAUCUCUCCUUACCAAUGUUGGACGGAUAAACACUACAAUGGCCUUCUUUCCAGAGAUGAAGACCGCUCUCCGCACCUAUCAUCCUGUCCCAUCUCUCCAGAAGACAGACGGUAACGCGCAAGAUGCCCCACGAAUAAAAAACUGUCUCAAGGCUGCCCUUCUUCCAUCAGAAUUCAAGUCUCUUCCCCCAUCAAGUCCGGAAGAGGUUCUUGAAAAAAGAAAAGCCGGUCAAUGCCCUCCUACAAGCAUCGUAAACCUCAUCUUUGUUCUCUCCAACCACGCAGCUCCUCUCGCCAACAUCCAUUUCGAUGGAACCGUCAACUUCUUGGAUUUAUUCUUACCAAAAGCAUUGGCUUCAUCCGAUCGUGCAAAAGCUUUCCUAUGGGUUAUUUACCAUUACCUAGAGUCGGACCAGUCUCCGAACCCAUUCGAUGCCCCAAAUACGCGUCCAAUACCGGGCAAAGCACCUUACAUGCGCCCCUUGACCCGUGCGGAAAUGAGGAGAGAAAAUGUGGACACACCGGAAGAGCUGGAAUGGGGGAGAAAGAUGUCUGCUCAGAGGAACUCUUUCUUACAGAAACUUGUCAGCGCCAUGGAGAGCGAGAAAAAGUCGAAGCCUGCUGCACCCCAUUUUGUGACAGCCGCACCACAGUCAAUCUCUAACCCUCAUCGCACACGAUCGACUCGUCGACAUCCGGAACCUUCUAAGGAAGAUGGUCCCUUCAUGUACUAUGUCCCGGGAGAAGACCCAUCUGUGUCCAAUGAUUUAAAACAUCAUCGCCGCGGCAUUUACAGCAAUGCGACCUCUCCUAUACUGCCAUCAUCAAUUCCUUUACCCUACUCUCCGGACCCCGUAGUCGAAAUGGAGGAGCGACGGACGCUAUCAGUUCCGACACCCACCCUCUCAGACAUGCCUUAUUUUCCUGAUCUUCAUCUUGACGGUAGAUCCUUACUUCAGCAAGCGUGGCGGUCUGUGCUUACGUCUGAUCCACUGUUAGACUCUGACGAGGAGAAUGGAGACGACGGAGACAUUCGUACUGACUAUGCGCAACGCCUGAGCCUCAUCUCCGCCAUAAGAGGCCGACCACCAACACCAGAACACCCUUCACAUUUAAUACAACCUAGUUAUUCGUCUUCCCGUCGACCGACAACAUUUACACGUUGGCAACCCGUGGAAUCAUGGGACUGACCAACUUAUUUUCUACUCUCAUGUGCUGCCAAGGACUUCUACUAUUGUAUACCAGUCUAUUCCUUCUAGUUUUGUAUGAUCAUACGACCACACACUAUCCUCUUAAUCGAGCUAGGUUUUAGGAAGCAGCAGAAAAAUGAAUAGACUAGCCCAUCAUAAUACUACCACCUUCAGAACAACAAUCUACGAUGUAAGUCGGAAAUGUAGAAAUGUGUAGUAGGCAA